AUGACAGACACAGCAAAGAGCAACAAAAGAGCAUCACAAGAAGGCAGUCAGUCACCUAUCUCACACAGUAUCUGUGGUAUACUCGGCUUGGGAAAUGAACCAGGAAGAGAAUGUCUGGCAGAAAAGGAAAUAGACGCACCGCAGGUUGCAGACCAGGAUCAACAAUCUGAGACAACUGAAGAAAAUCCAGAAUCCAUAGAAAAGCAAGGUAAGCAUAACUUUGUAACAUCUUGUGUAAGCAGUUCCCAGAAGCUCAGUCAGAAGUAUAAUAGAAGUAUAUUAAAUAGAUUGAAAAUAAAAGUAUGAUGUCGGUCAUAACACAUCAGACCUGAUCACAUAAUUUGAUGAUCUCAAAUUCUUCAUGUUAUGAGUUGUAUUCAUGUAAAUACAGUAGGUUAUAUUUAGCCAGAAAUCAAAAUUAUAAUGAAAUUAGCUUUAUAUAAACUUAGGCUUUGCUCUCAGAUAUAUAAAAUGUAUGUGUAUUUUAACCUUGAUGCUCGUUGAACAGAAAUAAUAUCAGGCGCGAUCGUUAGAGUUAGAAACGUAAGGAACAAAUCCACAUUCCAAGUUCACACCUUAAAUAAGCGCGAACAUUGUACAAUUUGUACAAUUUCUCAUUGAUGUUUUAAAGGCAAUGUUUUCUUUUUCAUCAAGACUCUCCCUUUCAUAUACAAAUCUUAGAAAUAUCCCAGAUUUACAACUUUUAAUGUACAAAUUUCGGAUUCCUUUUGGCUAAUUCGAUUCCUCCUCAUGACUACUUUUAUAGAUGCAUGACCGAAGAUUUCUUGUUCACGAUUUCUUGUUCACUUAUUCUUUAGACAAGACUUCUUCCUUUUAACAAUAGACUUCGGCGGAAUAAAAAUUGGUGAAUAUACCUGACAAGCUUGAUUUUCCAUUACGUAACAUUUCCUCUCAUUCGUUGAGCGCGAAUUUAAAUUCAGUAUGUUCCCGCAACAAAUUCCGAGUUUUUAAACAUACCCGUAAGAAUUCAUAUUCUCCACUUCUAGUGCAAAUUAAAUUCAGAACAUGCAUAUCCAAUAUAGUUAGCAGCACUGCAAAUUCUCAUGAGUGUAUAAUGAGGUUUUUCCCAUGCACAGAAUUACUUUGGAAUAAAAUUGGAUAUAGCUACUGAUAUAGGGUGAAUUCUGAAGUAUACUGCAUGCAUGUAUUUUAUGUGACAUAGCUAGUCAGAUUUCCCCAUCGUUGCAUGCAUGGGCACAAAUUAAAAUUAAUCUAUAAUCCAACCAUAGAGUGCAAGAAAACUACAUUGGAAAUUUGGAGUCAGGUGAAUACCUGCAUGAACUCAGCAUUUUAUAUAACUCGUGAGAGUUCUUCAGUAUUUUUUAUAUGUGAGCGCAAUAAGAUCCAAUCCUUGUGAAUAAUGCAUGUUUUACAUUGAGAGUUUCUCCCAUAGACGGAGCUACUUCGAAUAAAAUUGGUGCAAAUACCUGAGAGAUUAUACAUGACUGCGUUGAUCGGAUGUUACACACUUACACUUUGAAAAGUUUGCUAUGUAGGCGCUGCAGAUGGAUGCUACCUAAUCCGCGAUGACGGCGUAUACUUGAAUACCGAGUAUAGCUUUUUGCACCGGGUUACUUGGUAACAGAAUAUCACAAUGCACAUGAAUGCAGUGAGAAACUCCUUUUGCACGUUCCAAUUACACGGUCAAGCCAGGCAGAAUACCCGAAUUGUUAAUUGGAAUACAAAAUUUUCGCGGUUGCAUGCAGAGACUAGUCUAUAAGAGAUCCAGGAAGAGGCCUACCUCUAUAUAGCGCAUACCCUGAACUACCGAAAGUUGAUGUGGUCGAACACUGAUAUGUAUAUAUGUAUAGUGUUUUUACUUGUAUAUAUAUAUAAAUAUUCUACAAGACAAAAGGUACUACUUUAUCUUUGUAACAUGAUAUAUAUUCCUAUAUAGGCCAUAGCAAAACUCUCCUUUUUCUUUACUUGUUAAAUUUAAAGACUUUCUGAGUGUGUAUUAAUAUAUAAAGUCAGAACAUCUUCAGUAGAUAUAGGCUAUUCAUGACUUUUAUGAUAUAUCAGUCUGAUAAAUUCAAACUAACUGUAAAGUUGUGACUAUUGCAUGACUGAUGAGUGCAAUCCCGCAUCCAAUAACUCCUAUACUAUAGGCCUAUUAAUUUCUCAGAAUGAAUUAUGUUGAUAUUGAUCGCCAAUCGGUGAAUGUAGCUACAUUGGAAGCAUUUCAUGCAAUGGUUUGUGAUGAGUCGACUACGUUUUUUGACAUUUUAAGUUAUUAUUAAGUUAAUGAAUCAAAGUUUAAACUGAAUUACAGGAACAUUUUUAAUGUGGAUAAAUGUUUAUUCUAUUGUCUCUAUAUGGAGAAUUCUGUUUUACGGAUAAAUCUCCCAAAAACAAAUUAUUAUUUAGAAAAAUAACAAUUAUAACAUGUAUACUAUAUAGUCUAUAUACUCACUAGAAUUUCUUCGGCGAAAAGUGAAACUCAAAACUAUAUAUGCAAAAGUCAAGAAAGUACAAGAAAAAAUCAAGAAAUGCGUAUGUGUAUAUAAGCCUGCAGUUAAUAGGCUUUUGCUUCAAUCUUUAUGUAAAAUCUUUUAAGAUUUGCUAGCUCUUUACACAGCAAAAAAUCAUUUUCUUAUUUUAAGAAACAAAUUGGUUUCUUUUGCCUCGAGUGUAUGAGAAAAAAUAGCAAAUUGGUUGAUGCCUCCCUAUGGCUAUAUACUCCUAUAAUAUCUCGGUUUACGAGUUGUAAAAAUUUAUGACACAGAUUCGUAGAAGAGAGAAGUAGUCUGUGUAUGUGACUAGUUAAACGUGCAGCGGGCAUGCAUGCAUGGCAUUGCGGCGUGGUCACUCAAUACAUUAAGCCAUUAAUAUCAUUAUUCACAUCUUGUAUUGAUGUCAUGUUCUAUUAACGUUGUAGUGGUUUAAUUGCACCGUAAUUAAUUCAUGAAACAAGGAAUAUGACCACUAUGUAUAUAUAGCUGUACUGACUCAAAUAUACGAAAGUGAACAUUAAAUUAAAGUGAUGCAGAGUGUUCUUUUACUUAAACAAAAAUAUAAUCUGCAGAUGCAAAGAAAGGUUGCGUUACGACACUCUACUUACAUGAGUUUUUCAAGUACAGGAAAGUUCUCCAACUUCCCAUUUGAUUUUCAUGCAUGCAUGCAUGAGUGGCAGGCUUAUCCUAUAUUUGCCACACGUGCUCCCGUUUGAUGCUGAUCAUUAUGAAAAUUGUUUGAUCCACUUUUUUGGCUGGUAAAAAUAAUAACACCAUGCAGUGGUGAUCAAAUCGACAGUUUCAUCAAAACGCAUCAGUCAUGACAGAAUGCCCCCAAAACGAAAUCCAUGCAAGCAUAUAGUCUUUUAACUUCUUUUUCAUACUGCAGUAUGAUUUUCUUGUUUUAAUUAUAUUUAAUCUAUUAAAAUAUAACUGAUGGAUACAGGAAAUGAGGUGUAAUAAGAUUGAAAUAAAACUCCAAUCUGUAAAGUUAUUAAUUCUAAUUCAUCUCGACAUUUGGCGACCCAUGUGCACUAAGCUAUUAUUACACUGAGUAGCUUACAAAUAUAAAAUCAAUGCUGUAUAAGAAUAAGCUAUUUUAUAUUAACAAACACUCAUGCAUAUGAUGCAUGCGAUUGUACUUUAAAAUUAUUAGCAGAAAAAUAAAGAGAUUAUUAAUUGAAUGUGUCGAAUAUCAAUAUUAAUGAAGAUUUCCAAAACUUAUAUCUAAUAAUAUCGGCAGCUUUGUCCUCAUUUUAGCCUAAUGUAGCUAUUUGAUGUGGACCAAUAUUGUAUAAUAAUAUGACUAAAAUAUUCAGUUGUACUGUUUUGUUAUUCUAUAUUUGCAGGGUACAUGUGUUCCGUGCAGCCGUAUUUUUAAAAUUUUACAUUUAAAAACAGGCCACUGAAGUCACUGAAGCCUCGUACGAAAUUAAACUGGAAUUGUUUCAGGCACUCAAUAAUUGGCUGAAAUCUUUUUACGAUAAUGAAAUACUACAGCCUGUAAGUAGCUACAGCCAAUGGCAAUGUGCUGUCAGUGCUGUGAGAACUCUAAGUAGCAUUUAAUCACAUAAUUGCUACUUGUCAACAUCAUUCACUAUAAUAUUCUCAUUUGUUUCAUUAAAAAUAAUUUAAUAAAAUGCCUGAAAAUUCAUGACGUAUAACGUUCCAAGGCCAACAGUAUGGUGUCUGAUGUAUAGAUGCAUAUUGGUUUAUCAUGCAGUGCACAUGCAGAUUAACACAUUGCAACCGCAUUGUUAUAUACGUUUUUACAUCUCAAGUAGGCAGCAUAUGGCCUGCACACGGUAUAGAUAAAUUCAGAAUGUGCAUAAAACGCAAAUGCCGACAUCAAUUUAUAUAUUUACAAAGUAAAAAUUUAGAAUACGAUAAGAUAUGUUUGAUAUAACACCACAUGCAUUUUAUCUAUUAUGUACGUUUCCUAUAACAAUGUCAAUGCGCUUUUAAGAUAAAAAAUACCCUUAAUUUCGUGAGGCAAACAAGUGAAAACAAGUUGUUAUCUAUACAAGGUUUCGUUAAUUAAUAUGUGGUUCCCUUAUAUAGUAAUCUGUUUCCUUCGCCCGAGGUUAUGGAAAAUAGCUUUCAGCUUAACUUUAUACAUGCAGGACUAGGGUAUAUGCGCAUGUUCAUCAGUAUACAGAUACAGGCACAGCACACUCCCUAUUUCAGUGACUGGUUACGUACAUUGUGAAUAGAUAGCAGACCGAGGUAGACUGUGAGCUUACAAUGGCGCUUUAAGCAGCUGCUAUUAGCCUAUUAGGUAGUCCAUACCUGCCCCCUGACCUACGGUAGUCCAUACCUGCCCCCUGACCUAUAUAUGUUUAACCCAUCCUGUCAACUUCUCCUGUGGGAGGAAACCGGAGUUCCCGCGGAGAAAACCCACGACUUUCAGCAGAGCGUUCAUUUUUACUCUUUUCACACGAGGACUGGGUUCGAGUCACAUUGAGAAAGUUCCUCACCGAGAAUCGAACUCGGGACCUAAGAGGUGAAAGGCAAGUGCUCUAAGCACUUCGCCACCGAAACCCCUUCUUCGCCAAUUGAAAGAUCACGCAUUAAAUUGAAAGCCGCGGACCACGCAAAAUGAAUGGAAACAUCCUGGUGUAUGACCUGUGAUUUAUCUUAUAUACUCUUUUUAAAUCAGUUCUUUUUGCAUGUAUUUGCUCGUUUUAUAAAUUUCAAUUGGUUUUAUAUACCUAUAACGCAAAUAACACCCGGCCAUUUCGCAAGCUAAAUUUUAUUAUUAUAAAGUUAUAUGCAUGUGAAUUUACUGCUGGUAAAGAAGUUAUAUAUAUAUAUACGCAAUAUCUUAUUCUAUGAUUUCUGCAAUUUUCUCAUUAUUUACUUGAAAUUUCUCAUUAAUUUACUCAUUAUCUACGUGGCUGUAAUUCUUCGAAGAAAAUUUACGCAUUUAUAUGUAUAGUGCCUUUUUGUAUGCUUAUAAAACGGAUUAAAAACACGUGCGCAAACUGUAAGCAAUAAGCGUCUUACUGACUAAAUCUGCCCUUAGGAGGUAAGAUUCUAUCCUGCAAUAUACAGGAUAUUCACCUAAUUAAUUAGCCAUACGUUAUUUGUUGUUCGUUGUUUUUUUAACAGCUCGUGGAGCAGUUUCUGGCUUGUAUGUAUGUAUAUUAAAUAAAUCUGAUUACUCUUCAUACCUUGUAUAUUAUAUUCAUGGAAACAUAGGUUGCUUUGAGUAUUGAGAGCAUGCAAUUAUGUCUAUGUUAUGAUCCGCCGAAUUACAAUACAAUAUGUCCGCGUACAAAAUUUCUUCUUUUUUUGCAUGCAUGCAUUAACUGUUACAGCCAGCGGAUUAUUGUAACGGGCUGUUGAUUCAAAGCGAUUAGUGCAUGGCUUAUGCGUUCCUCUGGCCCAGUCUGCGACAAGGUGCGCGUUUCUGCAAUAUUCAUUUUUCUGAUCAUGUUGACUCAGUUGCAUAGAAGAUGAGUGCCACCAGUUUGACUCUAACAAACAUCGGGUCAAAUAAGAAUAUAGAAAGUAAACUGCUAGAUUUUUUUGUUGAAAUAUAUUGAGAUUGUUUUUCCUUGUUUUGCAUGCAUGCAUGCAGUUAUACCGCGUGGUAGAGCAUGCAUGGCAUUGUAGCCUAAAAUUAAAAUACAAUCGACUGCGCAUGAAGCAUCAACGUAGCUAGAUUUGAUAUAUAUCUUUAUUUCUAUUUCAUAGAUGUCGACGAGAAAGCAAGCAUUGAUGGAGAGGAAAAAAUGAGUGGGGGAGAUUUUGAAGUUUCAAGCGAGAACGAGAUAGAAGACAAUGAAUCAAUGAAUGAUUCUUCGGCAAGCCUGAAUAGUGUGAACGGUUCAAAAAAGAAGAAAACACGAUACAGAACAACAUUUAGUUCUUAUCAAUUGGAAGAACUCGAGAAAGCGUUUGAUAAAGCACCCUAUCCUGAUGUGUUUGCUAGAGAAGAUUUAGCUGCGAAGAUUGGUCUGACCGAGGCAAGAGUUCAG